GACUUCGAUCAUCUCCCAUGGUACCGCAAGCCCUCGAUCUACUUCGUCCUGGCCCCCUUCUUUGUCAUGACCCUGGCGUUUGGUGCCAUUAUAUCCCCCAGGAUCAAUCUCAUUCUCAACCUUGUCUGUCGCGAGUACAUGUCCGAGCAGCAGUCCAAGAACCCUGCACACAGUUUCCUGCCCAUCUUGUUCGACGGCGAGAACCCCCAGUGCAGGUCCCCGGAAGUCCAAGCGAGGGUCGCCCAAUUCACUCUGUACGGUAACCUGAUAGCUGGACUUCUAUCGGCCAUCACCAGUCCCAAGCUGGGCGCCCUUUCAGAUCGCUUUGGCCGUACCAAGAUUCUCGCUUUGACAAGUAUGGGCAUCAUUGCAGGAGACGCCCUGAUCAUCAUUGCGGCCACCAAGCCUGAGACAUUCCCUGUCAACUGGAUUCUCGUUGGAUAUGCUCUUGAUGGUCUUUCUGGCUCCUUCAUUGCUGCUAUGGCAAUCGCCAAUGCCUAUGCUACUGACUGCACUCCUCCAGCACGCCGCAACAUCUCCUUUGGUUAUCUCCAUGGCUGUCUCUUUACCGGCAUCGCCCUGGGUCCCAUCUUGGGAGGACUGAUCGUCAAGGCCACAGGAAAAAUCUUGUCUAUCUUCUAUGCUUCGCUUGCCGUUCACGCCGCUUUCAUCCUUUUCAUCGCCUUCUGCGUCCCUGAAUCUCUUUCCAAGCGACGCCAGCAAGCUGCUCAGGAGAAGCACCAAGAAGACAAGGCUCAAAGGGGCUCAUCCGACUGGAUCGAUCGAGUCCGAGCCGUCAACAUCCUGGAGCCGCUCAAGAUUCUGUGGCCCACUGGCGAGGGUUCCUCACCUGCACUCAGGCGCAAUCUUGUUCUACUGGCUGCUGUCGACACUAUCCUGUUCGGUGUCGCAAUGGGAAGCAUGACCAUCAUCGUCAUUUACGCUCGCUACCAGUUCAACUGGGAGUCUUUCGAGUCUGGGAUCUUCCUUUCUAUUGUAAACACUUGCCGAGUUCUGUGUCUCAUUGUUGUCUUACCACUUGUCACCCGGUAUGUUCGUGGCAAGGCAAGCGAGACCAAGCAGCGUAGCUCGGGCAGUGACAAUUUUGAUCUUGUUGUCGUCCGAGUCGCAGUCUUCUUCGACACUCUGGGAUACCUCGGAUACACUCUGGCUCGUACCGGUCCGCUCAUGAUUCUCUCUGGUAGCAUAGCAAGCAUCGGAGGGAUAGGCUCGCCUACACUUCAAUCGGCCCUGACCAAGCAUGUACCGCACGAGAAGACCGGUCAGCUGCUGGGUGCGUCUGGACUCUUGCACGCCUUGGCCCGAGUUAUUGCUCCCACCAUUUUCAACGCCAUAUACUCGGUGACUGUGGGAAAGUUCACGCAGACCGUGUUCGUCUGCCUCACUGCCACCUUUGCUUUGGCCUUUGUCCUCAGUUUCUUCAUCCGACCG